AUCAUCAUUAAUUUGGUCAACCACUGAUCAAUUUUGUCCUCGAACACUUAAUGUUCUCUUAGACAGUAGGACAUUUGUGUUUUCUGUUUUUAUUCAGUUCAUAUUAGCAUCCUGGUUGUGCACCAUGGAAGCUACGAGUCCUCCCAAGCGCAUGACGCGUGCGCGAGCAGCUGCGAAAGAUGCUGCAUUCACUCCCAAAGACGCCACUGCCUCUACCGCGACCGGUCCUACUCUUGCCACCAAAGCCAAAGCCACUACUACUAAGGCAGCCUCUGCAUCAAAAACCUCGACUUCAACUACCACAAAAAAGCCUGUGACCACGACGCGUUCUACUAAACGAAAGACGCGCCCUGAUGAGGAAGAAGAUGAGGGCAAUCAAACAGAUGCAGGACAACAGGACGCAAUGAUCAAACCUGCCAAGACUCGAGGCAGGCCGAAGAAGGUUAUCGAAUCCGAAGCAGAAUCUGAAGGAGAGGCAUUAACUGAGACUUCAUCGACUGCCACUCGAGCGACGCGUGGUAGAGCCAAGAAGGCUACUCCUGCUCCUUCUAGCGCUACCGCGGUAGCCACCACAGCCAGUAAACAAGGGCCAGCGAAGUCUACACGCACCAGCACCCGAGCCCGAAAGACGUCUGCUGAAGAUACCAAUGCUGAGGCGUCAAUGUCGUCUGAGCCAGUCAAGAAGACUCGCCCACGCGCUACGGCCAAGGCUAGGAAACCAACUGGGGUUAUUACCACUACUGUCUCGACUGAGCCGACCCCAGGUUUGAAGUCUGCUGUCUCCAGACCUGCCUCUAGAAUCGGCGGUCCGGUGAAGAAGACGGUUACCUUCCAAGAGCCGACCGAGAAAGAGAACUUGAUGCCACCUGCGGCAAAGAAAAUCAAGUCAAAUGCUACUGAGACUGCCACUGGCAUGCGAGCUAGGCCUGUUCGCAAGCCCGCCGCUGGUGGAAGAACUACUCGAGCAAGUGCAAGAACGGAGACAGUUAGCGAGAAAAGAGACAAGUCCCCUCUGAGCCCUAAGAAGGAUGCCCAGAACAAGUCAUUGUCUCGAGAUCUCGAAUCAGAUGACGAGCUUGCAACAUUGGAGAAGACUCCCCUCAAGGCCCUAAUGAAGAGUCCAGUGAAGCCGCCUGCUGCUAGUAAAUUGCUCGAUCUGCCCCCAGUCAAGGAAACAGAUGAACAUGUGCCUGAGACUUCAGAGCCGGCUGGUGCAUCAGCACUUGGUAGCCCAGCUCGCAGACCUCCUUCUUCUCCCUGGAAAGAUUCAUUGAAGUCGCCGGCAAAGAAGGUAGACGCUGUUCCGUCUUUGCUCUUUCCACCAAAGAACGAAGAGCAGCACAUGACAUCUCCCGGCAAGACGGCGAUUCUUCAGUCGCCUGCUAAGCGACCGCAAAUUCCUAUCAAGUCACUUCAACCAUCUUCUCAUGAGUCUAGUGAUACUUUCCGCUCGCCAAUUAAGAUUUCUCUAUUCCAAUCUCCGGCAAAACGUCCCACUUCUCCAUUCAAGUUCCACGGACUUUCGGGGCAGCCCCUUGGCCAUGAUUCUGAUAAGCUAUUCACACCCAAGACUUCGUCAACCGAGGUCCAAGACACGCCAAAAGAGCUUACACCUGAGGAGCCAGUUGCAGCCGAGACUCAGGCUGAGUUCUCACUUAGUGAGCAGCCUGAGGAACCUCAAGUUGAGAACAAUUCAACCCCUUUACUUGAAUUCCCUGGUCGGUUGUCUGCGGUUUUGCCUCGAUUCGCCGACCCAGCUCUGAAACAGAACCCGCUUCCCGCUAUGGAAGCUCAGCCCGCACAACUAGAGUCGGCCCAAGCUGUUGAGAUCCAGCAAGAGCCAACUGUAGACGCCAAUAAUGACGAAAUCAAUGAUGACCCUAUGGAUCUUGAUGAGCCUGAAAUAGAGAAGGAGGAGAUUCCCAAGGAAGUUCCGACCACCCCACCUACGCCAGUUGUCAACUCUGCCUUCAGUCUACGUGAGAAGGAAUUGGAUGAUGACAUGUCAGACUCGGAGGAUGAACUUGCAUCAAGCGGGAAGACGUUAAGUUUCGCCGGCGUUCCCGCAACGCCUACACCAAGUACAUCUAAGACCCUACGCGGAGUGCCUUCCAGCGCAGCCAAAGCUGCAAGUCGCGCCAUCCGAUCCGUUUCUAAGGGAACCAGACUUGGAUUCCCCACGCCUAGUGGCCAGCUUACAUCGAGUCCUUCGAAGCAGGACAAACUAGAAGAACGCCUCUCUCCAGAGUUCAAAGAUGAAGGUUUUUCAUUGCUUAAGGAGAAUGAUACCGCACCUGCAGAAUCUACGCCGUCAAAGAGCUAUUUUGAUGAGGAGAUGAGAAUUCGUGCCGAGAUGGAGAAUCAGGCUGCCAUGGAGGCUGCUCUGGAGGCAGAUAUUGCUGCUAAAUAUGAUAAUGAUGAUGAUCCCGACUUCAGCAUCAUGCCCAUUACUCAAGAAGAUGUUCAACUUGCUGCCGAAGCAAAUGAGAUGUCGCUGAUGGAAGUCGAUGAGGUCAAGGACGUCCAUGGUCAUGAUGACUCGGUGUCGGAUGCUAGCCAGGAGUAUGGUGAUGAAAAUGCCGUCCCUAUCGACCCGGCUCUCCUAGGCACCAAUGCUAGUGCACGUCGUCUUGAGCCAGCAACGCCUAUUCGACCAUCUGCCGCAAAGGCUUUUCACACGGUCUCUAAGGUGCCAUUGAAGGCAGCAGAUAAUUCCACCCCUAGUUUUAUGAAGAACCUGAGUGCAAGCGUGUCACGACUUACUUCCAAUCGUCCAGCCGGUCUCUUCAAAAAUGCGUCUGCCCUUUUAUAUCCGUCCACUAAGGGCUCUUCAUCAACGGCCGUUGUAGAAGAGGAGGAGGAGGAGGAGCAGAAGUAUCCUCCCGUUACCCCCGUCAAGUCUGAUAUCUGGUCAGCUAUGGGCACACCAGGUCGUACUCCCCGUCGCGAUCUUAACGACUCGAUGCUUCGAGGUGCAGUUGUCUUCGUGGACGUGCACACUAGCGAUGGUGCAGACGCCAGCACCAUCUUUGUUGACCUCCUAACGCAAAUGGGUGCACGUUGCGUAAAGAGCUGGCCUUGGAACCCAACCAACGCCAACAACGAUGGAUCCAUGGCCAAGAUUGGCAUCACCCAUGUGGUCUUUAAGGAUGGAGGCAAGCGAACGUUGGAGAAGGUCAAAGAGACCGGUGGUGUUGUCCAGUGUGUUGGGGUUUCCUGGGUCUUGGACUGUGAACGUGAAAACCGAUGGGUUCAUGAAGCACCUUAUUUUAUCGACACUUCCCUGGUCCCACGUGGCGGACGCAAUCGCCGUAAGAGCAUGGAGCCUAAAGCCCUGGCCAAUUUCAAUGGCACUCUGGUCACACCGAUGAAGACCAACACUGGACCACCCCGAGACUGUAUGACAGUCCCUAACAAUCACGUGAGCCGUCGUGACAGCACUGUCUGGAUGCGCACCCCGUCGGACCAUGAUGAAGAUGAGGAUGCACCUAGUGAGCACGACUGGGACAGGGCGGUCAACAUGCUAACCCCUGUACCCAAGACUCCCGCCCCAGAAGCCGUGGCCAGGUUUGCGAUGGACGUCACCCCGGAUAGCCCAAGCACUCUAUCGUAUGACGAUGAUGACGGAGAGCGAGAGCAGUUGCUUAUGCGAACCUGUCCCCCCAAGAAGAGCUCCAACACCUUUACCGACCUUGGCGAGGACUUUAUGGGACAAAACAAGAACCCAACUUUUAUCAUGCGUCUAAUGGAGGCGCGACGCAAGAGUAUGCAAUUCGCGCCCAAGGUAGCAAGCCCGCUCUCCAAGGCUUGGAACUAAGUUGGGCCUGAAAGCAUUCCGGCAAAUAUCUUAUUAAUAAUGAGGAGGGCACAAGCAUGGCAUAGGCGUUUAGGUGGCGCAAGACGGUUGAUCAUAAAAGAAAAACCUGGAGGGGCAGAACUGUUUUGUUUCUUUUCCCCUCAAAGGGACAUUUGGUCUUGUUCGUUUCGGUCACUCGUUAUUGGUGUCUCGGGAUAGAGACGACCAUUUUCCAAAAGCAUAAGCCUGUCUAGGAAAAGACAGGUACCGGUCAUGUUAGCGGCGUUGAGUAUUGAGAUGGAUAGUAGGGUGCAUACCUUGUUGUUUUUCCGUUUCUCCUGUCUCACUAAGACUCAAAGGUCUUGACUUGGAACUAGGCUUAGGCCGUGCUCACCUACGUCCUGAUUAGGUCGUCGUC